AUGAAAAACAGCAGCUGCAGGGCCGGGUACAUGUAUAGCGUUCGUAUGCCUGUUAAAAACGAAGAAUAUAUUGAAGCUUCGAUUCGUUCGGAUGAGAUUAAAGCUCACAAGUUUUAUGAACCUCCCGGAUUUAUCUAUCAGUUUAGCAUUGCAAAAACCAAAAUUAGGACCAAGUAUCUAGAGAAACUCGAGAAGCAACGCGAAGAAAUGGCUCGUGCUGAGCAAAGUGACAAUCGUUCUUUCUUUGCUAAAUAUUGGACCUAUAUUAUUCCAGCAGUUUUCUUAUUCAUCCUGUUCUCCAGUAUGCAAGAUCCUAAUGCAGCUGGAGGAAAUAUUGGGGGUGGUAAUCAGCAGUAG